UUAGCAGUUUGACAGAAGGUGGCAAAUACCGUCAACAUUGUUGAUUUUUUCCGCAACUUUCAACAUGAUUUUUGAACCCAGUUUAAAUUAAGUCGCAAUUUUAAAUCCGGUAAUUAGUUAACGGUUUAAUUAGAUAAUACGAGCAGCUUAGAUCCUUAUAAAAUUAAUUGAAUAAACAAGGCAAGCGGAGGAGUCAGGAAUGAUUUUGCUGGGUAAACAGCUUGGCUGGAAUCUCACAAAACCCAGAAGGCUAGAAGACCAGCUCUAUCGCGGAACUCACCCUAUGUACAAUUGGAUGUAAUGUAGUUGUGCUGAAACCCUUAAAAUCUCCAGCAGAAAUUUGCAUGCAUUCUGUGACAUAAAAUCGCAAAGCACCAAGAAGUUGGCUUAUUGGCGACACAAUUACAGACAGGACAGACAAAGUAUCUUAAUCUAGAUUUACAUUUAGUUACCAGUUCUUAGAACAUUUAAAUCAAGAUGAGGGUAGUUGCAAUGGUUAGUGGCGGCAAAGACAGCACAUUUAACAUGAUGCAAUGCAUCGCCGCAGGCCAUAACAUAGUCGCUUUAGCCAAUCUAGUUCCUCACAAUAAAACUGAAAUAGAUAGCUAUAUGUAUCAAAGUGUAGGUCAUGAAGCCAUAGAUUUAAUAGCUCAAGCCGUAGACUUGCCCAUAUUUAAGAGAGAGACGUUUGGAGUCUCUAAAAAGAAAGGAAAAACGUACUAUCCCUGUGAAAAUGAUGAGGUUGAAGACUUGUAUUUGUUAUUGCAAGAGAUACAGAAAGAAAUUGAAUUUGAUGCCGUCUCAGUUGGUGCCAUUCUUAGCGAUUACCAAAGAGUUAGAGUAGAAAAUGUUUGCAACAGACUGAAACUCACCCCUCUAGCUUACCUUUGGCAGCGGAACCAAAAAGAGCUACUGGAUGAAAUGAUCAGGUGUGAAGUGGACGCCAUAGUGAUCAAAGUUGCAACUUUAGGCCUAGACCCUAAAAAACAUUUGGGGCGCAGUUUAAGUCUGUUACAGCCUCACCUUUUGAAAAUGCAUGAAAAGUAUGGCCUAAACGUGUGUGGUGAAGGGGGCGAAUAUGAAACAGUGACUUUGGAUUGUCCCCUAUUUAAGAGCAGACUUGUUGUGGAGGACUCUGAAAUUAUCAUGCACCAAAACGAUCCAAUAGCUCCAGUUGGAUUUCUCAGAUUCAAUUCGCUUAAUUUGGAAUUCAAGCUACCUGUCCUUAGUUUGGAAAGCAGGUUGGAUGGUUUACCGUUGAAAGAUAGCUACGGCUACGUUACUGAAUAUAGCGAUGAUUCUACUUUCGAGCUAACCCAUGAUGAUGCAGAUGGAGACAACAAUGAUCUUCUAAUAGAGCAAGAGAUAACUGAUAACUUAAAGUCUGAUGUAUUGCAAAAGUCCAGUUGUGGCGUUAGCAAGGAGGGUUGGUUCUGGGUGGCAGGUAUUCAAGGUUAUUCUAAUGAUCCUGGUGGUGCUUUGGAAGACGCUAUAUGUAAACUAAAGUUAACGUUGGAGACUAAUAGUCACACACUGCAAGACAUUUGCGCCAUCACUCUGUAUAUCAGCGAUAUGGGACAGUUUGUGCAUUUAAACGAGGUUUACAUUAAGAAUUUCCACCAUGUGAAUCCACCUACAAGGGCCUGUGUCCAAAUUCCCAUAAACUGCCCUGUUAUGAUUGAAGCAUUGUCCUGGAAAAGUGUGGAAAAUGGAGAUAGUGAAAUAGAGAGACAAACAAUGCACGUACAGAGCAUUUCUCAUUGGGCCCCUUGUAAUAUUGGCCCUUACAGUCAGGCGACUAAGAUAGGGGACUUUAUCCACCUUGCUGGACAGAUCGCUCUGGUCCCUGGAAAUAUGCAGCUCGUUCCGGGAGGUAUUAAAGCGCAGAGUAAACUUGCUGUGCGACAUAUUGACCGGGUUCUUCGAGCUAUGGAUUCCAGUGUCAAUGUUCGAGAUGUUGUACAGGGUGUUUGUUACGUCACUCACAGUUCAUACAUUGAACCAGCUAGGAAACAGUGGGAAGCUAAAACGAACAAUGCCAUCGUUCAGUAUGUUGUGGUGACAGGAUUGCCCAGAGGAGCCCUUGUGGAAUGGCACGUCUGGGCUCACAAGCAUAAUAAUCAAUUUGAAUAUGAAGAAAGAGGCAAAUGCAUCGAUCAAUACUCAAUAUCGUUAUACAGAAGAGUGAACUAUGAAAACAACGUAGCAGCCAUAGUAUGUCGGUUGGACGGUACUGACGAUGGCGAGGUGUUAACUAACAAAAUUUUUCUCGAAACUCUGUCGUAUUGCAUAGAAAAAUUGAAACAAGGGCACGAGAAUGUCGACAGGUGCGUCUACAAUCUUAAAAUUUUCUUUUCGGUACUUAAAAUUGCACACAUCGCAUCUCUAGUAGAUAUUGUGGAAACAUUCGCCGAAAGUAUUUGUUUGGUUUACACGUUUGUGCCUGUGGUCAAGCUGAAAAGCUUGAAGACUUUCUUAUCGAUUUCCGGUGUACGUAACCAGUGAUAAAUUUAAUACUCAUUUCAGCACUAAGGAUAGAUACUUUAUUAUAUUUUAUUAAUAAACGCUUUAUAUUUAAGAGUAAA